UUUAUUAUUUUCUCUCACUUUCUCGAGGCCCUUUACAGUUGAACCCUAUCGAAGGAGGAAAAAAAAGGGUAAUUUUCUCGGAUACCAAACAACCCGAUUAAUUUUCCCUGGAAAAUCGCCUUGUAAAAGAAAAUUAGACGGAAAAUGCAGCACCAGAGGCUGAAGCAACAGCAACAAGCCUUGAUGCAACAAGCUCUUAUCCAACAACAGUCUCUUUAUCACCCAGGCAUCUUAGCUCCUCCUCAGAUAGAGCCAAUCCCAAGUGGAAAUCUGCCUCCUGGUUUUGAUCCAAGUACUUGCCGCAGUGUGUAUGUUGGAAACAUCCAUACACAAGUGACUGAACCACUACUCCAAGAGGUUUUUGCAAGUACCGGUCCCGUUGAAGGCUGCAAGCUUGUCAGAAAGGAAAAGUCAUCAUAUGGAUUCAUCCACUACUUCGACCGCAGAUCAGCUGCUCUUGCCAUAUUAUCUCUAAAUGGAAGGCAUUUAUUUGGACAGCCUAUCAAGGUCAAUUGGGCAUAUGCUAGUGGUCAGAGAGAGGAUACAUCAGGACACUUUAACAUUUUUGUUGGGGAUCUCAGUCCUGAGGUUACUGAUGCAAUGCUGUUUGCGUGCUUUUCUGUCUAUCCUAGUUGUUCGGAUGCGAGGGUAAUGUGGGAUCAGAAAACUGGGCGUUCAAGAGGAUUUGGGUUUGUUUCAUUUCGCAACCAGCAGGAUGCACAAAGUGCAAUUAACGACUUAACUGGAAAAUGGCUUGGCAGUCGACAAAUUCGUUGUAACUGGGCGACAAAGGGUGUCAGUAGCAGUGAUGACAAGCAGAGCUCUGAUGCCAAAAGCGUGGUAGAACUAACCAAUGGCUCAUCAGAGGAUGGUAAAGAGACGACCAAUAAUGAGGCUCCUGAGAGUAAUCCUCAAUAUACUACGGUUUAUGUCGGCAAUCUUGCUCCAGAGGUCACUCAAGUAGAACUCCACUAUCACUUCCAUGCUCUUGGUGCUGGGUUGAUUGAGGAGGUCCGUGUCCAGCGUGAUAAAGGCUUUGGCUUUGUGAGAUACGGUACUCAUGCUGAGGCAGCUUUGGCUAUUCAACUGGGGAACACACACUCAUUUCUAUGUGGCAAGCAAAUUAAGUGUUCUUGGGGCAGCAAGCCUACACCACCUGGGACAAGUUCAAACCCCCUUCCCCCACCUGCUGCCACACCUUUAGCUGGUCUUUCUGCCACUGACCUUUUAGCUUACGAGCGACAACUAGCCAUGAACAAAAUGGGUGGUGUUCAUGCACUAAUGCACCCUCAAGGACAACACCCUCUCAAACAAGCGGCAAUGGGAGUCGGUGCUGCUGGAGCAAGCCAGGCCAUAUAUGACGGUGGAUUCCAGAACGUGGCGGCUGCCCAGCAACUAAUGUACUAUCAGUGAUCAAAACUAGAGUUUGUGUGGUAAUUAUAUAUAUCCUUAAUUUCCUGGCAUUUGCAGGUUUUAUUUGAGUUCUAAAGAAAAAAAAAAACAUUUAGGAGGCUUUUUAAUGUGUUUAUCCUUUUUUUCUCUUUUUUUUAGUAGCGAGAUUGCUUUGCGCCCUGCUUUUAUUUAUAUAUAUAUAUAUAGCAUACAUAUGUGUUUGCCUGAUUGUAUCAAUCUCACAUAUUUCUUGAUAUUAUUUUGAGUUCUAAACGGCUAUGAAGCUUUUUUAAUGUAUUUUCUCCCAA